AUGUUUUCUAAUUCAAGUGAGUAUGAUUUACGAGUGUUUUUAUGUUCCUAUUAAGAUGCUCUACAUUGUUUAAAAUAAUCAGCAGAUAAAUCAACAUUAAGAAAAAAUUAUGAAAAUAUUGCUAAUCGACUUACAAUUUAUGUGAAACAAAAGAAAGUAUUUAAUUUAAAAUAAUAUAGAUGUUUGGAGAAGCAAACUUAUCUAAAAAUGAAGAGAGAGACAUCUUAGCAUUUCAAUAUACACAGUAAAAUAUUAAAAUAUGUAUAAAAAUAGUUAUAUAUUUUUAAAAUAUUUACCAGAUUUCGACAAUUUUAAAGGAAAUUAUGAUUAAUUGAAGACAAUACUUAAUAAUUCAUUUAAUUCUCUAUCUUCAGAUUUUUAAUAGUAUUCAUAAUCAUCAUAGUAAUAAUAAACAUAAUGA